UAUUUUCUUCGUGUAUAAAUUCAAAUGAGAGAUCAUCAGAAAUCCUAGACGGCAAUAGCUGCGACAGGGCCUUAACUUGCACCGAUAUUUCUCGGAAAAUUUAUAUAGUGUGCUCCGCUGAACCUCUUUCUCAAAUAAGAAAAAGAAAAUCUCAAACUACAAUUUUAUUAAAACUUCUAAAUGUAGUUAAUGAACUUUAAUUCUGAGAAGAAAAGAGAACUUUAAAUAAAUAAUUAAUAGAGGUUGCACAAAUAUAAAUUUAAACUUUGAAAUUUAAUUAAUUAGUAUUUAAAUAAGAAAAAAAUUCCGGCGUAGAGAGUUCCGUUAACUGGAAAAGUUCCUGAACGUGGGAAUGCCAAAACCGAAAGAGGAGGAAACCACGUCCUCGACACUCAACAGCCAAAAACAGCACGUUCUUUCAGCCAAAACGCAAGAAUCUCUCAUACAAGAAAAGAAGAAGAAAAAAAGCGAGCAACGCGCUUUCGCUGGCACGUUUGAAGAGUAUAUCAAAAGAGGAAAAUUUCCCUUUCUUUUAACUGAAUUGAUUUGCUUCCUUACAAAGGCAAGAAUUUUGAGCUCUUAGCUCCGAUGGUUACUGUUUUAUUAAUGGUGGUAGUUGGUAGGCACCGACCUGAAGAGUUUGUUUCGUCUUACUCAGCCUAAUUGCUGAGCUCUGCUUCUUCGCUUGAACAUAAGAAAACAGGAUAAGUUGUGAAAAACGCUUGCGUCUAACUGUUAUUUGUUUGUCGUUUUGCUUUUAGUUCCGUACGGCAGAUUGAAGAUUUAACCGGCCAGUCUCGAGCUUUUCGAAGUGUUAAUAAAUAAAUGAAUAGUCCAUCCAAGUCUUCGCCGUACCGCCGGCGACAUGAUCUGGAGGCCGGAGAACAUUCCUUUGACGAUGGGUCCUCUAGUCCCUUUGAUAUUCCGAGCACUAAAAAUGCUUCUAUUGAACGUCUUCGCCGCUGGAGGCAAGCUGCACUUGUGCUUAAUGCUUCUCGUCGAUUCCGAUACACCCUGGACUUGAAAAAGGAAGAAGAGAAGCAGCAAAUAUUAGGAAAGAUAAGAGCACAUGCACAAGCCAUACGGGCUGCAUACCUUUUUAAAGCAGCUGGGGAUCGAGCUAAUGGAAACAAAGAAUUACCUGCAAGCUCUACGGGUGAUUUUGGAAUUGGUCAAGAUCAACUUUCUAUAAUGACAAGGGAUCAUAAGCUUGAUGUUUUAGAGCAAAUUGGAGGUGUAAAAGGGCUUUCUGAUCUUUUAAAAACAAAUACAGAGAAAGGGAUCCCUGGAGAUGAUACUGAUUUGUUGAAGCGCAAGAAUGCAUUUGGAUCAAAUACUUAUCCACAGAAAAAAGGAAGGAGUUUCUGGAGGUUCCUCUGGGAAGCCUGCCAAGAUCUUACUUUGAUCAUAUUGAUGGUGGCUGCUGUGGCUUCUUUGGUACUGGGUAUAAAGACAGAGGGUAUUAAGGAGGGAUGGUAUGAUGGAGCCAGCAUUGCUUUUGCGGUUAUUCUUGUCAUUGUUGUGACAGCUAUAAGUGAUUACAAACAAUCCCUUCAGUUCCAAAAUCUAAAUGAGGAGAAGAAAAACAUACAUAUGGAGGUUAUUAGAGGGGGUAAAAGAGUUGAUGUUUCAAUAUAUGAUAUUGUUGUUGGAGAUAUUGUGCCCCUCAACAUAGGUGACCAGGUGCCUGCUGAUGGAAUUCUAAUUACUGGUCACUCUCUUGCAAUUGAUGAAUCUAGCAUGACUGGAGAAAGCAAGAAUGUUUACAAGAAUUCUAGGGAACCAUUUUUAAUGUCAGGCUGUAAAGUGGCCGAUGGUAGUGGCACUAUGCUGGUGACAAGUGUUGGGAUUAACACUGAAUGGGGGUUGCUUAUGGCUAGUAUUUCAGAAGACACUGGUGAAGAAACACCAUUGCAGGUGCGCUUAAAUGGAGUUGCGACUUUCAUUGGUAUUGUUGGACUGACAGUGGCUUUUCUUGUAUUGGUUGUCCUUCUAGUCAGAUUUUUUACUGGCCAUACCAAGAAUACAAAUGGAACACCUCAGUUUAAAGCGGGUAAAACUAGCGUAGGUGAUGCAGUAGACGGAGCGAUUAAAAUUCUUACUGUUGCGGUCACUAUCGUUGUAGUUGCAGUGCCUGAAGGACUUCCCUUAGCUGUCACCUUAACUCUUGCCUACUCUAUGAGAAAAAUGAUGGCAGAUAAGGCUCUGGUGCGUAGACUUUCUGCCUGUGAAACCAUGGGUUCUGCAACAACCAUUUGCAGUGACAAGACUGGAACUUUAACCCUGAAUCAGAUGACUGUUGUUGAUGCUUAUGUUGGUGGUAAAAAAAUUGAUCCUCCAGAAAACAAGUCACAGUUGCCUCCUAAGCUGUCCUCUUUCCUAAUUGAAGGCAUUGCACAGAAUUCAAAUGGCAGUGUUUUUAUUCCUGAGGGUGGAGGAGAAGUAGAGGUUUCUGGUUCACCAACAGAAAAAGCCAUACUUGUUUGGGGAGUCAAGCUGGGCAUGAAUUUUGAUGCUGUCCGAUCAGAAUCAACGGUUAUCCAUGUUUUCCCAUUCAACUCUCAGAAGAAAAGAGGUGGUGUGGCACUACAACUGCCUGAUUCUGAAGUCCAUAUACACUGGAAGGGGGCUGCUGAAAUAGUCUUAGCCUCGUGUACAGCAUACAUUGAUGGAAAUGAUAACAUCAUGGCAAUGGAUGAUGACAAGGCUUUGUUUUUUAAGAAAGCUAUUGAAGAUAUGGCAGCUUGCAGUUUGCGCUGUAUUGCAAUUGCAUAUCGAUCUUAUGAGAUAGAUAAAGUUCCGGUUGGUGAACAAGAGCUAAGUCAAUGGGAAUUACCUGAGGAUGAUCUUGUCUUGCUAGCUAUUAUUGGCUUAAAGGACCCAUGUCGACCAGGUGUCAAAGAAUCAGUGCAACUAUGUCAAAAUGCUGGUGUGAAGGUGCGUAUGGUCACCGGUGAUAAUCCUCAGACUGCUAGAGCAAUUGCUUUGGAAUGUGGAAUACUAAGUUCAGAAGAUGAUGCUGUGGCUCCUAUUCUUAUUGAAGGAAAAGUAUUUCGAGAGUAUUCGAAUGAAGAAAGGGAACAAAUUGCUGAGAAGAUAUUGGUAAUGGGACGAUCUGCUCCAAAUGACAAACUUCUGCUUGUGCAAGCAUUGAAAAAGCGGGGACAUGUUGUUGCUGUAACUGGAGAUGGUACAAACGAUGCUCCUGCAUUGCAUGAGGCGGAUAUCGGCCUUUCAAUGGGCAUUCAAGGAACAGAAGUUGCUAAAGAAAAUUCAGAUAUCAUUAUCCUGGAUGAUAACUUUGCUUCUGUUGUGAAGGUUGUUCGAUGGGGUAGAUCUGUGUAUGCAAAUAUUCAAAAAUUUAUCCAGUUUCAGCUUACAGUUAAUGUUGCAGCUCUCAUCAUAAAUGUUGUGGCUGCAAUUUCAUCUGGUGAUGUCCCAUUGAAUGCUGUGCAGCUUCUCUGGGUUAACCUGAUAAUGGAUACUCUUGGGGCAUUGGCAUUGGCCACUGAACCACCUACGGACCACCUAAUGCAUCGGCCCCCAGUUGGUCGCAGGGAACCUCUAAUAACAAAUAUCAUGUGGAGGAACCUUCUUAUACAGGCGGCAUAUCAAGUGAGCGUGUUGCUUGUCCUUAAUUUCCGAGGAAAGAGUCUAUUAGGUUUGAAGAAUGAUAAUGCUGAGCAUGCAAACAAGGUGAAGAAUACCCUGAUAUUCAAUGCAUUUGUGCUGUGUCAGAUCUUCAAUGAAUUUAAUGCCCGGAAACCAGAUGAAAUAAAUAUUUUUGAUGGAAUCACAAAAAACCAUCUUUUCAUGGGGAUAGUAGCAGUAACACUCGUUCUACAAGUCAUUAUCAUCGAGUUCAUUGGAAAGUUCACCUCAACAGUUAAGCUUAAUUGGAAGCAGUGGUUAAUUUCUGUUGUUAUUGCUUUUAUCAGUUGGCCUCUGGCUUUGGUUGGAAAACUGAUACCUGUUCCAGAUACUCCCCUCCAUAAGUUCUUUCCUAGUUUUUCUCGACGUAGAAAUCCUCAAAGCUGAUCAGUUAAAAGCACAAGGAUUUACAGCAUCAUUUCCUUCAAACAAUGUCAAAUAUGAAGUACAUAGAUAUGGAGAUCUUUUUCCCCAUUUUUCAGUUAGUUUUAGGACGACAUAUAUUUACACGAAUACAGUUCUUUUUAUGAAGAGAGCAUCGACCUCUUUUGAAGGAUUUUCUCUGUGUUCUUGUUCUUUUCAGUUCUGACCCGGAUGACAUGGAUUCAAAGAGGUAGGAAGGAAAAAAAUAUUUCUUCUCAUUUUAUUGUUUUGAUAUUGUGCUGGUGUAUCGGGUUUGUAUAGACAUUAUAUUUCAUACUAAAUGUUGGGUGUUACUAAUAUUUCCUUAUAAAUUUUCUUUGGUUUUAAA